CAUAAAUAACGGCGACGGCCAACGGGAAAGCCGUCAGACGAAAGGCGAAACGACAGAGCAGAGCCCCCCGCUUUUCCGCUUCCGCGACCGCGCCCAUGGCAGGCGGCGGCGGCGGAAGGAAGCCGGCCACCUCCUCCUCCCCCUCCUCCCGGCGGCAGAAGCCCCGGGCCUCGCGCGAGUUCGGUCCUGAAAGGUCCUUAGAAUCUCAAAAGGAAGGGCUCUGUUCAUCUUCUCCCUCAGUUAGCAGUACAGAAUCGACGCUCCAGAUGGUUAUACCAGGUCUACUGAAGUCUCUUGAUUCACCAGUUCAACCACCAAAGUCUCUCGAUUCACCGCUGCAGACGGUUAAACAAGUUCAACCACGGAAAUCUCUAGAUUCACUGGUCCAGAUGGUUGGAUCGAUGCAACUAUCAAAAUCUACAGAAUCCAAGAGCGCUUCGAGUGGCUCUGGAGCUGCAGGGUCUGAUUUAGGAGCUGCUCCAUUUGAUAUAUGCAUGGGUAACAGCAAAGGCACUGUCAUUCUCAAACACGGCCUCCUUGAGAUCAAUAGAGAGAAACGCCGUGCAAAGGAGCUUUCAGACAUUGCUCCAGUGCAACAUUUGAGACCUGGGAUGGUUUUAUUGAAAAACUUCUUAAAGCCUGAUGACCAGGUUAAAAUCAUCAAGCAUUGUCGAGAUCUUGGUGUUGGCCCAGGAGGAUUUUAUCAACCUGGGUACAGAGAAGGUGCUAAGUUAAGUCUACGGAUGAUGUGCUUAGGGAAGAACUGGGACCCAGAUUCAGGCUCAUAUGGGGAUAUACGACGUUUUGAUGCUGCUCAACCACCAAAGAUACCAGAAGAAUUGACUAAGUACGUGAAAGAUGCCAUUGCAGCUUCCCAUGAAUUCUUAAAACAAAGAGGCAAGGGAGCUACCAAUCCUGAUGCAGAACUUCCUGUGAUGUCACCCGACAUCUGCAUUGUUAACUUCUACACCACUAGCGGGAAGUUAGGUUUUCAUCAGGACAAUAAUGAACAGAGAUCUAGCCUUGCCAGGGGACUGCCUGUUGUUUCCUUUUCAUUGGGCGACACUGCAGAAUUCUUGUAUGGCGAUGUCAGAGAUGAUGAUAAGGCUUCAAAGAUUAAACUUGAAUCUGGUGAUGUUCUGAUAUUUGGUGGUCAAUCAAGGCACAUAUUCCAUGGGGUCUCCAGCAUUGCACCGAAAAGUGCACCGCUCUGGGUGACCGACAAGGCAAAUCUUCGACCCGGGCGUCUGAACCUCACAUUCAGGCAAUACAAUUACAAAGGGUCAGUCAACGUCACACCUGCUCCAUUUGAUACAUGCGUAUGUGACAACAAUACUGCUCCAUUGCAACAUCUGAGACCUGGGAUGGUUCUGUUGAAAAAGUUCUUGAAGGCCAAUGAUCAGGUUGAAAUUUUCAAACUUUGCCAUAAUCUUGGUGUUAAUGCAAGAGAGUGUUUGUGCUUAGGGAAGAAAUGCAAUCAAUAUUCCAACUCUUAUGGAGAUAUGCGUCCAUUUGAUGGUGCUCAACCUGAUAUCCCUGAAAUAUUCAAGAAGCUCGUGGAAGAUGCCAUUGAAGCCUCCCAUGAAUUCCUGGAGCAAAGAAGGGGUACUUCCAAUGCUUUGGUAGAGCUUCCUCCAAUGUCACCAGAUAUGUGCACUGUUAGGUUCGACACAAUUAUCCCGACAAUUGUUCUUCGUCAGGACACAGAUGUAACAGAAACUAGCCUUGCCAGGGAAUUGCCUGUUGUUUCCUUUUGGUUGGGCGACAGUGCAGAAUUCUUGUACCCUGGCAUAAGAGAUGACGUGGCUUCAAAGAUUGAUCUUGAAUCUGGGGAUGUUCUAAUUUUUGGUAGCCAAUCAAGGAGAAUAUCCCAUGCGGUUUCCAGCAUCAAACCGAGAACUGCACCCAUGUGGCUCGUCGACAAGACGGAUCUUCAAGCUGGGCUUCUGAAUCUCACAUUCAGGCAAUAUUAUCAUGUUUGAAAAUCGAGAGGCAAUACUGAUUGGUAGCAUAUUCAGUGCCUCCGUUUAGGCUAAAUGCAAGUAGAAGUAGGGCACUCUGUCAUGGUAAAUUUAAGUACCCUGUUAGCAGAAGUCAGCAAGAACAUCCAAUAUAGCUGUUGUAAAACCUGGGUUCAUAGGUGUAAUACUUUUGCUUCUUUCAUGCGCAAUGUUAAAGCUUUGCAUAUGCAAA